AUGGCAACUGAAGACCCAUUGGCCGUCCCCCAAACGGAGCUAUGCUCGCCCAGUCUCCAGCCACAAGAGCUCUCAUUCCCAUUGCCUAAAGCUUUGCAUACGACAGCGCAUGUCCAUUUGACCUUUUUGGGAAAUUGCACAACAGUCUUCUUGACAACUUCUACGCCCGGUGACUCAGCGGGCUCAUAUAAGCCACUGGGAAGCUUUGUCUAUGCGAUGCCGGAUCGCACAUCUUCAAAACAAACAAUUUCGACCAUUAUCUACACAGCGCCAUCAAGCAUUGAAUACACCACAAGAGUGGCCAAGAUCCUUGCGCGGCGAACAGGCAAGCCAAUUUAUGUUGGCUGCAGUAUUGACCCCAACGGACUCGGGUUGACCGUUGAGGAGGAAAUGGAGGGUCUGUCCAAGAUCGUGAAUGUUAUUACAGAGAAAUUCGCAUCACAGCAAGAAAAAUAG